AUGGCGACGCGUCUGGCCGCCUGCGAGACAUGUCGCAAGGCUAAGCUCGCCUGCGAUCACCAGCAGCCUGUCUGUUCACGCUGUCAGAGCAGCGGAGGAAUCUGCAUUUACCGCACGGCGCCGUUCAAGCGGAGGCGCACCGACAAACCGAGUCUACGCUCACCAGAGCCGUCGCCUUCCUUCAGACCUAUACGCAAUCCAUAUCCGAAUCCCGGGUACUUAGGCUCGUCCAGCCAUGCCGCCAUUUUCAAACAUAUCGCGUCCGACGACCAGAGUCACGCUGCUGCUCCGGAACCAGAUGCGCCAUCACAAUUAGUCGGCGAUAAUUACUUGUUGCUGCAGGGUGCAGAUGUCCUCAGAAACCUGCUAAUUGGGUAUCCGUUGUCUGCCAUGAAAGAACUGGUCACGUUCUGGCUAGCUAAAGGAGCCAACCUGGCCCUCGCCGAGCCAUUCGUUGCACAAUGCGCCGAAAGCGUGAGCCAGCUCUUCACAUUUCACGACGACAACUGGCACUUGGUCUAUGCGCGACGUCUACUGCAAAACUCUGCAAAGCCGCUUCAGUUCAACGAGAACUCCGAUCUCGACGCCUUCUCGGCCCAGUUUUUGAAUCAUAAUUCUCGAUGGGAAACGCUGGGCAUUUUCUUUGCGGCUGUGAGCAGAGCUAGCAUUGAUAUUCCUUUUUUUCCGUCCCUAUAUACAGCGGAAGAAGAGCAGUAUACGUUAAGGAGACUUGCAACUAAGCUGAGUGAUUUUGCUUUGGAGAUCUCGCUUUCUCUGGACUGUUUGAAUGAUCUACAGUUGAUUGUGCAGUAUGAGAAUUUUAUUGUUCAUUCAUACGUGGAUGGUGACCAAAGCUACCACUCAUGGCGCAAACUUGGCGAUGUAAUAUCAUCAACCUUUGCACUUGGCUACCACGAGAAUCUUGAGAUGAAACUCGGAAUCCCCACCUUCCUAAUGGAAUUACGCAAAACCGCGUUCGCCCGAAUCUACUCUGCAGACAAGAAUAUUGCCAUCUUCCUCGGCAGACCACCGCGGAUGAACAGGCGUUUUUGCCACUUUCAGAUCCCAUCAGACCACCCAACUCCGCGACAGGGUAACCCAAACGAAUGGGACCCAGAUUCGAAACCUGGAUACAGAGCAGAUACACGCUGGUCCGCACUCUGUGCAUUUUUGAAAGAAGAGGUGUGGGAACUCCUGCAGGAUAAACAUGAUGCAGCAUGUGUCGAGCGGGCGAGCAUAAUCCAAAGAAAAACCGAAGAGCAAUGGAAUGCCCUCCCAGCACACUUCCGCCUCGAGAGCAGUCUCAAACAGUGCGCUCAAAGCCCGUUCCAGCGAGACUUCCUCGCCCAUGUACGGCUGACACAUCUACACGUCCUCUUCCUUCUUCGCCUGCUAUUGUUGAAUACACUCUCCGAACCCGAUAUUCCCAUCAUCGAGACCGCGGGGCAGAUGCUUGCGCUCGUGGUUGAAAUCAUCCUCCUUCGCGAACAAUUGACUAAUUCUGGAACCGGACUUAUCUGGAAGGUUGCAUACUACGGCCUUCCAGCCGCAGGAAUUCUCCUCCUAGCCCUCCUAAAACAGCACUCCCAUACGCCUGGUAUAUCCCGCAAUAAGAUCCUGCAGGAUUUAAGCGUAUUCGUGGCAGAGGUCCAAAUUGGGACGAUUGUUAAGCCCGGAGAUCCGAAUUAUGCAUUGCUGUCCAAGGCCACAUCGACUAUCCAGCGGUUUUUGGAUUCUUUCCACUCGGAUGCGGGGCAGCCUGUUCCCGAAGCAGGGCAUGAGGAGGGAAGUGAUGACUGGGCAGCGUUGUUGAGUCAGGAUUUGUGGGAUUUGGAGGCGGGCUUCUGGCGGAGUUUGGCCGAUCAUCCUUCUUUGUUGGCUUUGGAUCCGCCGUUACCUAGUGUUUAG